CGCGAAGAGGAAGGAGGGACGGUGGAAUAAGAGCCGUCGCUUACUUGAGUAUUUCCGAGCGCCGCGCCACAGUUUUCAGAUGCCGACAGAUGUGCCAGAGGAAGACAGACUCAGCACCAAUGAGGACAGGACAAAGUGUGAGAGCAUGACUCUGUCUAGUACCCCGACUGUCCGUAGAGGAAGCACCCCUCUGCCCAUAAAGCACCAGCUCAGACGUGAGGAAGCAGUCCAUGAUGACGCAGACUGGGCCUCAGGUGCAGCGGGUCCCUCUGCCUCUCCGGUCCAGUUCAGCCCGGCCUUAGACGACACUUUGACCAUCACAGUGGAGGGCAGGUCCGGCUGUGGCCCACUGAGGAUCGCUCUACUCGGACAGAACGGGGUGGGGAAGUCCUCUCUUGCCAUGGCCCUCGCAGGAGACAUGGACAGGACUGCGUCUGUGGAUUCUGAUGGGGAGGGUUAUGUGCGCACAGUCACAGUCGAUGACGAGGACAGCACCAUCGUUAUCUAUGACAACUGGAGACAGGACCUGUCCAUGCUACAGUGUGAGGUCUGUGUGCUGGUGUUUUCGGUCACAGACAGACGAAGUUUCCACCGCACAGCUCAACUACGACUGCUCCUUAGAGAGAACCAGCCCCAAACUCCCAUAAUCCUUGUGGGCAAUAAGAGUGACCUUGUGAGGACCAGAGAGGUUACAGCUCAAGAGGCUGUAUCCAGCGCUGCCCUCUACAACUGCCUGUAUUUGGAGAUCUCUGCCUCUCUGGACCACCGGACGCCAGAGCUGCUUGAGUGUGCAGUGCGGUUAGCGAGGGGUCAGUCCCCUUGGCCCCCCGGGACCUGUGUGGAGGACAUGAGCGGAGGAGGCCAAAAAGAGAGCAUCACGUCCCGGGCCAAACGUUUCCUGUCCAGCCUUGUCCCACGCUACCCAAAAGAGCGCGAGGUGGGCAAGUUUCUGAGGCAAAAAUCACGCUCGUGCCAUGAUCUCGGAGCCCUGUAAUAAUAAACGGGAAUGGUAACCUAAGAAUGUAGUGAACAAAUAUACAGUGAUCAGGCAUAGCAUUAUGACCACUGACAGGAGAUGUAAGAAUAAUACUGUUAAUAGUGCAAAAUGGCAAGUACACAGUUUGAUUUAGACAAGGGUUAACUUAUGAUGUCUAGACAAGUGGGCCCAAUCUUCAGUAUUCUCAGCGUGCUAUCAAAAGUGAUUUACUCUGCUAAACUGGCAAUAGGGUAAUACACAUUUAGGAUAAUUAAGUAAGUUAGAUGUUGGUUAUGAGAAUGAGAGUUUCAGUUUAUUGCAUAUACCAGAUUAUAUAUCAAGCAGAUGGCACUUAUAAUCGCCUCACUGCCCCAAAUAGGCAGGCGGACAUAAUGUUUAGCUUGAUCAAGGUAAAUUGGGCCUUUGGGAGAGGUAUGUUUACAGAGAGAGACAAAGGGAGCGUGAUUAUAAACAUGCUACGUCAUCGGGACGCAGUUGUGAGUGCACAUCAUAGGUUCAAUACUAUAGUAAUGAUUCUUAUAAUUUAUGAUAUUAAUGUUUCUUACGAGAGAAAAUGGAUAAUUGUUGUAGACCAUAUGUAAAUAAAGUAGUUAUAGGCCUACUAAAAUUUCACCCUCAAAAUAAAAAAACAGCUUUUCUGAAUCUGGGAGUGUCAUCAUUUUUACUCAAAGCGCCAGUGGCUAUAGACAGCACAAGCCUGAUCACACAUCAAAUCUCAUUAGUGAGUUGGCUGGUGAUUCAUGUUGUUGUACUUUCAGCUGUUCUGGUAUCCAAGACAUUUGUAAGCUCCAAAAUGCUCUAAAAAGCUCAGAAUACAAAUAUAAUUGGGGACACAGAGAUGCUGUUUGGUGUACACGGGCCAAUUGUUGCCAGGUUACAGUCACCUUGGAAACACAGAUGUAGGUUUUUAUGCUUUAUAUUUUUAAUGCACAGCUAAUCUACAUGCUUGAAUAUGUGCAACCAACUGUAUUUUCUAGGCGUGAAAGUCAGGUUAAAAUUCAAUUGCAGAGGAAUACAUAUCCAAUAUAAUACCACACUCUACCCUCGGCAUUUCCUCCCACUACCGCCCACACACAAGCCAAGAUUCAUCAUCAGAGGUUGUUAAAGCCAUGAUUGAAAGUCUUAUGAAAAAAACCCUAUAAUAGAACUGAAAUGAAAUCAAAUUGUGCCAUGCAGUUAGUCAUUCCCUUGGCUGAAAAUUACUGGAACGAAUUUAAAAGGUUAAAUUUGCUCUAGCCAAACAAGUCUAUGAGCUCCCUCUAGUGGCAUUACUUCUGUGUUGCAUACACACUUCACAGCCUUAAGGGACUUGUUCCCCACUUAAUAGGA